CGGGCGUGCCCCACUCUCGCGCCUGGCCGCAGGGCUGGAGCUCCACUUAGUCCCCGCGCGGCUGCGGUUGCCGUGGAAACGGCGGGAAGUAACAACCAGGCUCCCCGGGGCUGAGCGCGGCCCGCAGAGGGAAGCAGGCGGGGAGGGACAGCUGGGUCACCACGAUCCCAACAAGCCGCAGCCUCGAAGGUCCCCAGGAGGCGACCCGCGCCGCGAGGCCUCUGGGGCAGAGGCGGUGCCGGCCCGGUCCCCCGGGGAAGAUGAGCGACCCGGGCGCCAGGUCCAGCCACUUGUCGCAGCCGGUGGUGAAGAGCGUGUUCGUGUACCGCAACGGGGACCCGUUCUUCGCGGGGCGUCGCGUCGUCAUUCACGAGAAGAAGGUGUCCAGCUUCGACGUGUUUCUGAAGGAGGUGACGGGCGGCGUCCAGGCGCCCUUUGGGGCGGUCAGGAACAUCUAUACGCCACGCACCGGCCACCGCAUCCGCAGGCUGGACCAGAUCGAGAGCGGCGGCAACUACGUGGCGGGGGGCCAGGAGGCCUUCAAGAAGCUCAAUUACUUGGACAUAGGAGAAAUGAAGAAAAGAUCAAUGGAUGCUGUUAACACAGAGGUAAAACCAGUAAUCCACAGCAGGAUCAAUGUGUCAGCACGCUUUAGAAAACCACUCCAGGAACCCUGCACGAUCUUCUUGAUUGCUAAUGGAGACCUCAUAAGUCCCGUUUCUCGCCUCCUCAUCCCCAGAAAGGCCUUGAAUCAAUGGGAUCACGUACUACAAAUGGUCACAGAAAAAAUCACUCUCAGGAGCGGGGCUGUCCACAGACUUUAUACUUUAGAAGGAAAACUUGUUGAGAACGGGGCGGAGCUGGAGAACGGACAAUUUUAUGUGGCUGUUGGCAGAGAUAGGUUUAAGAAAUUGCCUUACAGUGAGUUACUUUUUGACAAGUCCACCAUGAGGAGGCCUUAUGGUCAGAAAGCUUCUUCAUUGCCUCCUAUUGUAGGAUCCAGGAAGUCUAAAGGGAGCGGAAAUGAUCGCCAGUCUAAGUCAACAAUCAGAUCCAGCGACAACUCAUCGCCUCAGCCUCUGAAGAGGAAAGGGAAAAAAGUUGAGGGGAAUUCAGAGAAACCCACAAAGGCGAAACAAAAUGUAAAGUUGAAGAAUUCGCAACAAACAAUUCUUAACAGUGAUGAAGGCAUUUUCAAAGCUGGAGCAGAGAGGUCUGAAAUGUGGGGAGCAGCAGAAGUCCAGGAAGAUGAAGAGACUCAGGUUGAGGUUCCAGUCGACCAGUUAUUUAUUUUGCUCUAUCAGAGGCCAGCAGAAAUAGUUGAUGAGGAAGAAGAUGAAGAGAAAGCAAACAUAGAUGCAGAGCAGAAAGAAGACUUUUCAGGGAUGAAUGGCGGAGCUGCAGAUGAAGGAGGCAGGGAUGCUGCUGAUACCCCUGAACACAGCGGGGAGAAGGCCAGUCCUGCCCAUGUAAAUGGAGGUACUGAUGAAGAAAAUGGAGAGGAGCUGGGCCAGGUUAAGAAUGAGCUUCAGUCAGCAGCAGAUGAGGAACAUAACUCUCCAGGAGCUGGCAGUGGACAGGAUGAGGCUGAUUUAGACCCUCAAGGACCACCAAGACCAGAAGUAAAAAUCACUAGUCCUCAAGAAAAUGAAAACAAUGAACAAAAUAAGGACUAUGCUGUUGUGGCAUAGAUGAUUUUUUAAAAGCAAGUAUAUGGAUUAUAAGAAAAAGGUUGCAAUACUUGAAUUAUAAGCACAGUCGUUGCUAAACAUAAUAUGACAAUAUGGAUGAAUACUGCUUAUUGAAUUUUAAAAAUAUAAGCCUGAGGGAAAGACUAGAUAACUUUUAGCAGCUACUAAGGGACAAUGUCUUAUUUUUGUGGCAUGUGUUUUUGAAAGUCACUUAGAAGAAUUAAAUAAGGAGGACAGAGAAGAACUUGCCUUGGAAGACAAUUGGUGACUUAUGUUUGUAAGCAUAAACGUAGGAUCAUUCUGAGUGCACCCUUUAUUAUAAAUUUAGAAGCAGGAUUAUUCAAUGUCAGCUUGUUGUAAAGUAUUUAUCCAAGAUAGCAUCGAAUUUAAAGAAUUGGUAAUAGGACAACAUGUAUUAUUUUCUUAAAGCAAUAAAUUUGAAUGAACAAAUUGCAGUUUGGUUUCAGAGCUAAUUUGGAGAUAGCAACAGAUUGAAAUGUUUCCAUAACUUAUCCACAUUCCUUUCCUCUUUUCUCCUUAGCCAAAAUCCACCUUGUGUGAACUAGAAAGACAAAGCAAAGCGCUCCUGUUGGCUAGAGGAACAUUCCUGCAGAGGACUAGUGACUAAUGUCAGGGGCUUUCCAGUUCCACCCCGUGACUGCAAGGGUGCACCCUCAGGAAACAGCAGUGAGGGAACACUCGGUCAUGACUGACUGGAUAGUUUGCAAAUUCUGGAACUCCUAUGGAUUUUCACAGAUGCAGUCUACUUGUACCAAUAAUUUUAGAAAGAGAAGCUUAAAGGGAAAGACUAGAUAACUUUAAACUAGAUAUCCGUUUUUUCUCCCUCAUGUUAUUAUAAUAGAAAACCUGAUACUGGUUAUUACAGGGGUUGAAUUCUUCCUAGUUUUUUUUUUUUUAAACAGAAAACAGUACAAUGUAAUAGGAAGGGGGAAAAGGCAGUAAGGAGUUUGUGACUGCUCAAUUUCACUUGCUUUUUGGUUUAUUUCUACGAGGGUUGUCCUAUGGUAUUUUUGCCUCUGGAGAUAGCAGCAUUUAUUUUCAUAGUUGGUUAUAUUUAGUCUUUCCAGCAGAUUCCUUCUUAUACAACUUAAAGCCAUCUGAUAGAAAUUGAAAAAAAUCUUUAAAAAUUGUCCUAAUGAAACCAGAUCCUGAUUGUCACUUUGUAGAUGGAUUAAUAAUUUACUUUUGCCUUGUGAGGUGUAUAUGGGAAAAACGUAAUUACAUUAGUUUGGUGAUUAUUAGUAGCUAUUAUGUCUUUCUCCCUCGAAUACAGAAAUGAUAUAUUUUUCUCACAUUAAAGAAUAUAUUUUUAAUUAUGUAGAGGUUGUAUGGAAAUUUUAACUUUUAGUGCUUUUAUAAGAUUUAUUAUUAAUCAUAAAUUUAAAAGAUUUAUCUUCCUCCAAGUUUUAUAACCAGAUUUUGGAAUCAAAAUAGUUGGUGGUUUUUUAAAGCACUUAAUACUAUAGAAAAUAGAUGUAUUUUUCCUAACAGCUAUUUUAAUAUUUUACACAAAUAGGAAGUAGGAAUAGAGAUUAUAAUGUAACAGUAUUUGAAAUGUGUAAUGACAUAAGGAUUUAUUAAUCUAGGAAAUAAAUUAUAAAUGAGCACUGUAGUUCUGGUGGGAAAUCUAGUCUCUGCUUUCUGCCAGCACACUUACAUUUUCAAAUGGACAACAGGAAGCACUGAAUACCACAAGCAAACAUCUCAUGUGGUACAAGAAAGAGACCAGCUGGGCUUUUAAUCUUAAAUUCCAGCGCAACUAUUAGUCUGUGGUUAGUGGUUUUAAAUAGUUUAUAAAAGUAAGUGGGUAAAUAUAAGGAAUUUUAGCCAAGUCUCCAGGUGAUUCUUUUUUCUUUCUUUAAUAGAGUUUCCUGCUCUUUCGCUUUUAUUCUUUCAUAAUUUCUCUUUUUUCCUACUUGUUCUUUUCUUCAUUGUACUAUGACUCUUAGGUUGUAAGGAACUCCUGAUGCAUUAUUUUAAUAAAGUACAACAUUGAUAGCUUACAGGAAAAUAAAGUUUGGAAUUUUCAGUAUACUUCAAGAAGUUAAUAGGCCACAAUAAUUGUAUCAACAAUUUUAAAUGAGGGUAUAAUAUUUUCUUGUUUGUACAUGUUUUAAUACUUGUUGAUGGGAUGAAAUUGUGACCUAUCAUGAGGGAAGGAAAAACAAUUUGCCACCUUAAAACAAGUUGCAGACAUAUUACUGAAACUAUGAAUAAAUGACAUAGGUAAUCCAAGAAAUCAUGUACAGAGAAUUAAAAUUGUGGACAUCACUUUGGAGAUGACUUUGAAAUAAAUAAUGAAAGCCAAUUCAUCUCCUAAAUGUGGCAGUUUUCUCUGCAGCAAUAGUGGUCUCUAUGGCACGCUAGGUGACAGAACUGGGGACCCUCUAUGUGAGCGAAUGGAAGAGAUCUUGGUUAGGCUUCAGGUAUUGUUUUAUAUAGAGAAGGUGCUAUGUAAAAACUUAGGUAGCUUUCAUGUAAUAACUAAUAUAAUGCUUUGAGACAUUAGUUCUUUGUGAUGUUGUAUACAUAGGUUUCCUAGUUUUAAUUUUGUGUAAUUACUUUAUUAAAUUUAUUUGGAUUUUUAAGGCACUUGUAAUCACCUGGCUUGUUAGCAGAAUGGAACAUUAGGAGUUUUUCAGAGCAAAUGAAAGAAGAUUGUGACUAAAGUCAUUUUCAGGCUGCAGAUGUUUCAUCUGGCUUAGCUUCUGUGAAAAUAGCUAUUGAGUGCCCAUUGACUUCUUGUUAUGAAAUAUGAUACCAUGACCAAGGAAAACUUUUACUCAUUGUUUUUCUCUGUGUUUAUAGAAUGACUUUUUAUUUAACAUUUUUCCCUUAGCAAUUUUUUAGGGAAUAUGAUAAAGGUAGGCUCAUAGGGAAGAGUACGAUCUUUCCUUGCCUCUUGCUUUAUUCUGAAGGUGAUCACUGUUGCCCUGGUGGGUAAAGAUAAGCCACCCCAUAUAUAUGGCUUAGAUCAGCCAGAUGUCAGUCAGUUGGACACCUGGACCAAUUAAUGGGAAGUUUAAUGUUAAUGCUUCCAAUGUAUAACUGAUAAACUAGCAUCUCAGAAUUUUCAUUGGAUGACCUGCUUAUACACAAAAGAUGAGAUUCAUUCACUUAGAAAAAUAAUUUGAAUAUUAUAACAACAGGAAGGGUUCCUUUUCUUAUUAAACAACUCUCCUAAAGAGUUAACUUCACAUUUGUUUGCUCAACAAGUAGCAAAAGCAAAGCUAAAUGUGUAGAUUAAUUGCUGAACAGAAAGCAUCACAUAUGAACCAUUGCCAAGUUGAACAGAAAUAUAAUACAUAGAUGGAUAUCCAGUACUUAUAUGGAAUGCACACACACACUUUAAAUAUUAAAAAUGCCUCCAUAGGCACAGAAUUAUUAAUAGAAUAUGGCUCUUUUGGUUGAGGUUGAAAGAAACAAUGUGUAAAAACAUGAGGCAAAAUGCUAACAACUGACAUAUAUCAUGGUGCUUUAAAUAUUGGUUCCCAAAGACCAAUAUUGAAUGAAGUCUCAUUAAAUAAUAGACAUACCUAUCUGGUUUCUCUGAGGUGGUUUCAGAGCAGUUUCUGCCACCUAUAGUAAUGCAUACCUUAGAUGCAGAAUAUUUCAUACCAACACAGGUCCUGUCAAAAGGUUAAUUACUGUUGUUGAAUGUGUGUGUGCAUGUCUUACUUGAAUGUAUCUGGUACUCCUUUUGGUACUAGGUACCCAGGUGCACCACAAAUAAAUUGAGUUGGCCCAUUAGUUUAUAUAAUAGUGUAGAAGCAUUUUAGCUUUCUUGUGUGAAUGCAGUGUCUUGGGCUGGAAUCAUUUUUUUAAGGUUAGCCUGUUUUUCAAAGGCAAUGAGUGCAUACAGUUCUUUGUUACUGAAUAGAAUUUUUAUAAAUCCCACAAGAUUUUUGCUUUAAGAACCUCUUGGUAUGUGGAUGGGUCCGCAGUUUGUUCUUCCCACGUGAAACUCUUACAGUUCUUCCCAUGAAGUUUGAGUGACAGAUGGAGAAUGAAAGAGGGUCCCUAUGUGUUGAUGAGGAAAAAAUUAUAUUGCUUUUGAUGAGGCAUAACAUCAGGAGGAGAUGGGGGAUUAGGAAAGAAUUAAAAAAUGUCUGGAUAACAAUAAAGAAUUUAUGAAAUCAGGAGGUAACUAAUGGAACUCCAUUGACUUAAGCCAACAAUGAUUUAGCUUUAAUCUGUGAAUGGGACCAAAUGAAUUCUCUGCAGUUUCAUCAACUUGAACCAUAUAGUUUAAUUGAGUGUUUCAGUUACUGUCACAAAUGUAAUGGCAUAUGGGAAAAGGGAAUGAUUGUAGUUGAUUUUAGAAGUUUGGAGAAAGCCUAUUUUGUUGUCUUGAUUCAUUGUUUGCCUUGUGUCUUAAAUCUUUAAUAUGUACAAUAAUAAUGUGCAAUUAUUGGUGUUAUAAGUGAAGAUUAAGUUGAGCUCAUUGUUUUUAUAGGAUUUGUUAUGUUCAGAAUGUCUGCUCAUAAAGAAAAUUGUGUUUUUAUCAAAUUAUGCGCAUUUAGGUUUUUACUUCUGUAUCACUGCAUGCUCUAAAACACAAAAGUUUAUUGUAUCUUGUGAGUAAAAAGAUCUGCAUUUUAUGUAAUUAAAAUGCACUUGGAUGGUUUAUGGUUUGUUUAUGAUGCUGUGUUGCUAAUAUUUCAUGUAUGAAUACUUUUCAUAGCAUUUCUCAUGAAUACAAUAGAAACAUUUGACAUACAGAAAUUUAGUGCAUUAAAAAAUACUUCUGCUUUUAUUUAGCAAAUAUUAAGCUUUAUCAUGUAUUUUUUACAGUUUCAUAUGCAUGUUGUUUAUUUGAUAAAAUUCAAAUAUAUUUAAACAUUAUUUCUUUUAUAAGAUAUACUCAGAGAAACACAGGUACAAAUUUUUAAGAUAAAUAAAAUAUUUUUAAAAAGAGACACUAGAUCAUACAUAUUACACACAUUUUGUAUACAUCCAUCCAUGGGAAUACACUACAAAAUUUACAAAGGAUUUGGCUAAAAUUCUGCUUCAGUUUGUGAAAUACUCACCUCUUUUACUGUAGUGAAUUCAAAUAGUUUUGUUUUCCCUUCCACGUUUGAGAAACAAAGCCAGUUAAACACAAAAUACACAUGUUCUGGGUCCUGUAACCAUGAAGAGUUCAUUAGCGGACCUCUUCUGAACAUGGCCAGUUUAUCUCUGUCAUUCCCAAAGAAUGAAAAGCAAACCUCUGCAAAGAAGGUGGCAUUUCCAUUGCCAGAGUCCAAUCUGUUUAGAUGACACAGUUAAUUGGCAUUUGGAACUUUCCACAACCAGUAAUGACUGUAAUUUCUAUAAGGUAUUGUAAAAUUGGAGCAUGCAUUUGUUAUUUUAGAUUUAUUUAUGAAAAUAAAAAUUCAGCUUUCUGUA